CCUAGUGAAGGGUUUAAUUAAUAUAGCCUUAGGCAACGAAGAUGAGGACAGACGCGAUGGUAGCAACUCAUCCCACACUUGCGACGAGCGAUCCAGAUCCACUUGGGCGCAGGUGGUAUCAGGGGACGAGAUUAACAGUGACCGUAUGCAAGGAUUUCCAGCACAGGAUGAUUAUGACCAGCACCAUGAAAGAUAUGAAGGUGGUAGGCAGGAGGAUCAUCCCAACCUCCAUCAAGGAUAUGAAAUGAGUAGGCAGGAUUAUUAUGGCCAAAUUCAUGGGAAUGAAAAGGUUGAGCAGGAAAAGAGUGAGAGCUGGGAAACUGUCCACAAGAAAACUUCAAAGCUUCAUCAAAAGGUGCAUAUGCAUCAUUGGGAUAGUUACAUGAAGCCUGCUGUUGAGCAAGACUACUCUGAUGAGGUUAAAUGUGGUGCUGACAUGAAUCCAUCAGGAGAAGAGCUUGCUAACAUAUCAAAAGCUUGUAACAAACUCUGGGAACUAGAUUUAAAUCGUUUAGUUCCUGGAAAAGAUUACCAGAUUGAUGUAGGGGAUGGAAAAAAGGUCCACCAAAGAGAGGACAUGGCGGAUGGGUGCUUGUUUUCCUGGAUGAGCAAAGAUGUUAUGGAGAAGCCCACUUAUUCUCGGUUUUGUUGUCUUUUGGAUAAUUACAACCCACGUGAUGGAUAUAAAGAAGUUGUAACAACUAAAGAACACCAAGAGCAGUUGGCAUUCAUUGAGGAGAUCAGUAGAACAGCACCUAUAAAAUAUUUACAUAACUAUCUGUCAGCAAAGAGUGUGGUUUCUGAAAGUCAACAGGAGUUCAAGAGAAUGUUGAAGAGUCUCUGGUUUGACCUUUAUGCCCGAGGCGGUACAUCUGGCUCUUCUUCAGCUUUCGAGCAUGUUUUUGUUGGAGAAAUAAAGGAGCGUGGAGAGGGAGAAGUUUCAGGUUUCCAUAAUUGGCUUCAGUUUUAUCUCGAAGAAGUGAAGGGCAACGUAGAUUAUCAAGGAUACAUCUUUCCUCGAAGGCGGGGAGAAAUUCCUGACGCAGAGACUCAGUUACUCACAAUCCAGUUCGAAUGGAACGGCAUACUAAAAUCCGUGUCGAGCACUCUGGUUGGAGUGAGCCCAGAGUUUGAACUAGCAAUCUAUACUCUGUGUUUCUUGGUGGGAGGGGAAGACAACCACAUUGAGCUCGGGCCCUACUCUGUUAAUAUCAAAUGCUAUCACUUGGGAAAUAGAAUUGGAUCUACUUUUCCAAUAGCAGAAUGAUGAGAGUAUAAUAAUGAAGGUAUUAUCUGUUGGCAAAUCUGGAAAUCAUAUGUCAGUUUGAUUUGGGGUUCUGAUGGUGCCGCUCCUACGUCUGCUUCACUAAUUUUUCAAAUUAAGCUUUUUACUCAAAAUUGGGUUUCAAGCUUCUCUUCUAUUAAGAGUAAUCAGGUGGGAGAUAUUCUAUAUGAAGAAAAUCUGAUUGAUAGGUCUUUUCGACCCCCUCGUCCCUCAGUAAGAAUUAUUGGUUGGAGGAAACCUGAGCGUUUCUUGAAAUUAAAUGUGGAUGCGAGUUUCUCACCUCAACGAGUGGCAGGAGGUGCUAUCUUGAGGAACAGCGAAGGUAGGUUGGUGAUUGCGACUUCCUAUCCGGUUCAAGCUUUUUCCGUCUUUGAGGCAGAACUUCUCUUUGUGAAACAUGCGACUGCUUGGGCGAUGGAGGCUGGUUUUAGAGACUUUUGUGUGGAAAUGGAUUCGAAGGAGGUGCUGGAUUAUCUCAGCAGGAAGGGUGGAGGAAGAUGGAGCGAUGAAAUCAGGAAUUUGUUGGCUCUGUCCGAAAUGAGGGGAGUUUCCUAUUUCGACGUUUUGAGGGAAGCGAAUUGAGCUGCACACUUCUUAGCAAAUGUCCCAACAGAUCGGCCCAUUUUUUAUUACAGAGAUGCUGAGUUACCACCCCAGACCCGGAAUGCGUAUUUGAUGGAUCUUGUUGGGCUUCCGUCCCUUCGAGUUGGUUUUUAAUCUUCCUUCUGCGAUUGUCUCUUGUAGUACUCGGGUCUUAUUUGUUUUUACCUUUUCAGGUUGUUUGAUUUCUUCGGGAGAGGUUUUGGUCUAGUCCCCUUCUCUCUUUGUACGAUUAUUCUUUUCUAAUAAAACACGACAAAUGUUUACCGGCGUUUGCCCCACUGAUUUUGGUGGUUUGCCUACCGAGUUAAAAA